AUGUUUGGGCAACCAGACAAAAUGGACGUUAGGUGCAAUCCGGAGCUGGAAGCCAACCGGCUCUCUAAUAAUAAGAUCGGGCAUAAAAAAGAAGGCAAGGAAGGGAAGACCUCGGAAAGCCACCUCGCCACCGCUUUUCUGAAGGAACAGCAGCAACAGCAACAACAGCAGCAGCAACAACAAGGGACUUUUUCUUCCGCUUCGGGCGCCUCGGAAGAUUGCAAUAAAAACAAAUCCAGCUCGACCGAUCCGGAUUACUGCCGGAGGAUCCUGGUCCGAGAUGCCAAAGGUUCCAUACGAGAGAUUAUCCUCCCGAAAGGGCUGGAUCUGGACCGGCCCAAACGGACCCGGACCUCUUUCACAGCGGAGCAACUUUACCGGCUGGAGAUGGAGUUCCAGCGGUGCCAAUACGUGGUCGGACGGGAAAGGACCGAGUUGGCCAGGCAGCUCAACCUCUCCGAAACUCAGGUGAAAGUCUGGUUCCAGAACCGGCGCACCAAGCAGAAGAAGGACCAAGGCAAGGACUCGGAGCUGAAGUCGGUGGUGUCGGAGACGGCGGCCACCUGCAGCGUCCUGAGGCUCCUGGAGCAAGGCCGCCUGCUCUCCCCGCCGGGCCUCCCGGGCCUCCUCCCGCCCUGCGCCGCCUCCACCGCCCUGGGAUCGGCCUUGAGGGGACCCGGCCUCGGCACCGGAGGCUCCGGAUCCUCCGGGGGAUGCUCCCCGCACCAGCCCCCCGGAAGCACCAGCGCAGCGGCCGCGGCCGCAGCAGCCGCAGUGGUGGCCGCCGCCUCGGCCUCUGGCUCCUCCGGGGCUCCAGGGCACCCGUCCCCCGCCGGCUCCCACCACGGCCUCUUCGGGCUCCCCGUGCCCACCACCCUCCUGGGCUCCGUGGCCAGCCGCCUCUCCUCGGGCCCCCUGGCCAUGGCCGGGUCCCUGGCCGGGAACUUGCAAGAACUCUCCGCCCGCUACCUGAGCUCCUCCGCCUUCGAGCCCUACUGCAGGAACGCCAGCAAAGACGGCCCCGCGGCGGCCGAGAAGAAGGCCCUGGACUGA